AUGCUCUCCUCUUCUCUAACAGACAGAUACAAUGGAUCUACACUGGAUCUACACUGGAUCUACACUGGACCUACACUGGAUCUACACUGGCCCUACACUGGAUCUACACUGUACCUACACUGGAUCUACACUGGAUCUACACUGUACCUACACUGGAUCUACACUGUACCUACACUGGACCUACACUGGACCUACACUGGAUCUACACUGGACCUACACUGGAUCUACACUGGAUCUACACUGGACCUACACUGGAUCUACACUGGACCUACACUGGAUCUACACUGGACCUACACUGGACCUACACUGGACCUACACUGGACCUACACUGGAUCUACACUGGAUCUACACUGGAUCUACACUGGAUCUACACUGGAUCUACACUGGCCCUACACUGGACCUACACUGGAUCUACACUGGAUCUACACUGGAUCUACACUGGAUCUACACUGGCCCUACACUGGAUCUACACUGGAUCUACACUGGACCUACACUGGAUCUACACUGGAUCUACACUGGAUCUACACUGGAUCUACACUGGACCUACACUGGACCUACACUGGAUCUACACUGGAUCUACACUGGAUCUACACUGGAUCUACACUAGAUCUACACUGGAUCUACACUGGAUCUACACUGGAUCUACACUGGCCCUACACUGGAUCUACACUGGAUCUACACUGGACCUACACUGGACCUACACUGGAUCUACACUGGACCUACACUGGCCCUACACUGGACCUACACUGGACCUACACUGGAUCUACACUGGACCUACACUGGAUCUACACUGGACCUACACUGGAUCUACACUGGAUCUACACUGGACCUACACUGGAUCUACACUGGCUCCAUCUUUGGCCUCGUCCUCAGAGGAAGAAGGCGUCUCUGCGUCCGCCUUGA